CAUGGCGACAAAGGACGGAGCAGACAGCGGCUGUUUUUUUUCCUUCUCGUUUCUUUUGCUGAGAUCACAAUGCCACAAUGCACCAUUCCUGAGGGAUGCGGCAGCGGAACAUCAGCGACAUUGAUCUUUCUCUCGCUUCUCGUGGGCUAUCGACAAGGAAGCUCAGCGCAUUCCUCAACGCAUCUAUACAUCCAGUCGUCUCUUUCUAUACUUUUCUGAUACAAAUUCACUGGGGCGGAUUUGGCAGCCGCCCUUUUCGGCUUCGCUUUCUUCACCAUCGAGCGAGCAAGCGAGUCAGCGAUCAAGGGUUUUCUUGCACGCCCACCGCUCCCCUCUCUUUUCUCUUGGUUAGGCGGGGAGGACAUCAUAGUCACCGUGACACGACGCAACUCAAAAGAAAAAGGUCCAAAAAAAAAUCCAUAAAACGACAAAACAAUCACCGAAAAAAAACUUCGCUUCUUUCCCCCGGUUCAGUUUCUGAUCAACCGAACCAGACUGCCUCGGCAACAGCGUUCCCACCGAUACUCGCUGUUUAAUGGCUGCGCCACCCCAUCCAUCACUUCACGGUCA